AUGGGAUGGCUAGGGAGGACUGUUGGUCUUGCAGCGGCAUCUCCCCUAAUAUACAUCACCGCCGUGGUCCUCUCUUCGGGCUUGAAGUAUACAGUUGGCAAAUUGCUGUUUUCUAAACGGAAACAGCUGCGGUCGGCCGGUGAUUGGGCUGUAGUUACGGGCGCAGCCGCCGGUAUUGGCCUGGCCUUCUGCAAAGAACUUGCCAAGGAGGGACUGAAGAUCCUCAUGGUAGAUGUGAAUGGGCCGCAACUAAAGUCUGCCGCCAAAGAGGUGGAGGACGCUUUUGGUGUGGAAACGCGAACCCUGGAACUGGAUCUCUUCAAGGUGGGAAAUGCAGUCUUGUCUGCCUAG